AUGAAGGCAAGAAUCUCCGUGCUAUUGUUAUAUUUAGCCUCUGUCCGCUGGGAGAUCAGGCAGGGUGAUGUUGUGGCCUCGCUGCGGAGACGAGGGCACCACCUGGUCAUCAGCGGCGUCACGCUCACGGAGGACGGCGAGUACCAGUGCCAGGUCGGCCCCACGGACCGCACGCCGCCCAUCUGGGCCGCGGCCAACGUCACCGUCCUGCUGGCGCCCACAAGUAUAAGGAUUGUGGGCUGGAGCGACGCCUCUGUGGUCGAGGUCAAGGCAGGAGCUAAGUUGACCCUAGAAUGCUUGGUGACGGACGCGCGACCUCCUGCCUCGGUGUCGUGGUACAUGAACGGGGUCAGGGUCAGUCCAGAGCAGAUCACACAGGAGUUAGAGCCUUCACAGCUGGUUCGCAGGUGGAGUGUGCGGAGCCAGGUGGUGAUAGAAGCGAAGGCGGAAGACAAUGGAAAGCAGCUGGCAUGUAAAGCCGCUCAUCCCGCUCUCAGACGUACGCCCACGCCCACGUUACAAACUUCUGUCACUCUCUCUGUCCUACGUAAAGCUUCAGUUUCCCUCAGCCAUGUAGUCCAGGACCCCGCCGGCGUGCCUGUCAUCAGCGGGUACCGAACGGGCGAGAUCCUGAGGGCAGGCGAGCGACGCACCCUCAGCUGCCGGUCGCGAGGAGGCAACCCGCGCCCCUCGCUCACGUGGUUCCGCAAUGGGCGUGUGAUGGACGAUGCCUCCGCCCGUGACGCCGCCGGGACGAUCAACACGCUGGAGUUGGCGGUGACGGCGAAGGAGGACGGCGCCGUGUACGAGUGUCGCGUCAGGAAUGAUGUCCUAGAGAAACCCUUAGCGGCGAAUGUGACGCUCACUGUGUAUUAUCCCUCAUCGUACGUCAGCUUAGCCGGUCCAGCGCACGUCAAGGUAGGGGAGCCUAUUUCCCUUACCUGUGAGACGGCUGAGUCUAACCCUCCCUCGUCCCUUACCUGGGUUGUACAAGGCGAGGUCGUGCAAGGGGUCAAGGAGAGAGUGAGUCGAGUCAGCUCAGGCGGCUGGGUGACCUCGUCUGAGCUGACCAAAUACGUGGUUAGGUCAAGAAGGAUUUCCGAAGUGGUGGUGGAGUGUCGAGCUCUCAAUCCCGCCAUCGAUCGUGUUGUGAAGAAGACGAGUAUCAUCGACAUAACGCAGCCCCCCGGCCCGCCCGUGCUGGAGGGGGACAUCCACUCGGAGGUCGUGGCGGGGUCGACGAUCAGCCUGGCGUGCACUUCCAAGGGAGGACGACCUCGGCCUGUCAUUAGAAUAUACAAGAAGGACAAACUCCUUCCGACGGAACUCAUGCGAGGAGUAGGAGUGACCCGGGCAAGGAGUGAGGUUGUUGUCACUCCGGCGGAUAAUGGUGUCAGGGUGACGUGUGAAGUGAGCAGCCCUGCCACCACCGCGCCGCUGGCAACCUCGACCACGCUCGCUGUCUUCUUCGCCCCGUGGGAAGUCCAAGGGAGCGUGAGCCCGUCGACGGUCGAGGAGGGCCGCGUCGUCACGCUCUCCUGCAAGUCGUCCUCGAGCCUGCCGGAGUCGAGUAUCACUUGGCGGUCGAACAACGUCACCCUCGAAGGCGCUGGACUCAAGUACUCCCGAGGGGCUUUUGGAGGCACGCAGACAAGAUCAGAACUGCGUAUGCGGACGUCUGCUGCGGAUAACGGAAAAGACAUAGUUUGCAGUGCGGACAACGGACUCGGCUCUCCGGUACAUACUACGCUGUUCCUCAAUGUGUUACAUUCGCCCGUGUGGGUGGUCCGACCCAAGCCCAUUGUCGACGUAUUAGAAGGAACCGAUGUUGUUAUCACAGCCAUCGCCACAGCCAACCCCGGCCCGCUCAGGUACUGGUGGUGGAGAGGCAAAGAAACCCUCCGCGGUGGCGACGGCAAACUACGGCUUGGGAGAGUCAGCAGGAAGGUAUCGGGGAACUACACCGUCACAGCAUACAGCCAGCGGGGGGCCAUCAACGCCACCUUUUAUCUCGACGUCCAGUACGGACCAGAACGGGUUCAAGCUGAUGAACAUGUGCGGAUAGACCGAGGUUCUCCGCUGGCAGUCACCUGUUCAGCCAAGGGAAACCCCAAGCCCAACCUCACCUGGUCACGACGGCCCCAAACCCCCAACAGCACAGAGCGUGUCGUCGGUGCGGGCGUUGGGGUCGUGACCUUGCGGGCGGCCUCGGCGACGAAGGAGUAUACGGGCGUGUACCUGUGUCGGGCCUCCAACGUCGUGUCCUCGGCGCCGCCCAUCAGAACCCGGGUGGUGGUCUCGCGUGAAGGCAGCGACCGCAGUAAAAGAUUAUGGCAACUCCCAAGCAGCGUGGGCGGCCGUGGGUGGAAUAGGGCGUCUAGAGUGCCACAUGCGGGCGGCACCUCCACCUAG